CUCACUCCCUUGUGUGAUGAAUCAAUGCUUUCAGAACGGGGGCUUCCGAGUGACUGCGGGAACAAUUACUUCCAAAUGAACUCGUGCAUCUUAGCAGGAAGCUCUCAGACCACACCCCAGGUCUCUUCUGGUGAUUCUGAAGCCAAACCUCUGAUCUUCACAUUUGUCCCCACUGUCAGAAGACUACCAACCCAAUCUCAGUUGACUGACACCUCUAAAUUCCUUGUUAAAAUUCCUGAGGAACCAAGUGAUAAGAAUCCAGAAACUGUAAAUAGGUCUAAUGCCAAUGAGUACUUGACUUUGAAUGCCGGGAGUCAACCAGAGAGAGACAGAGGAACAUUGACUUAUCCUUCAGAGGUCAGUAGAAAGAUUUCACAAGAAAGGGGUCUCAAAGCAAACAGAUCUCAAGGAAUGCAGCAAAGUGACCUCUUCAAAGCUGAAUAUGUCUUUAUUGUGGACUCUGAAGGGGAAGAUGAAGCUACAACAAAGAAAGUUGAACAAAGUCCCCCAGUGGGGAUGGGCACUACAGCUACUCGUCCCAAGUCUCUGGCAAUCUCCUCCAGUUUUGCUUCUGAUGUGGUUCGCCCCAAAACUCGGGGCACAGGCCACCAGGCCCCAUCACAUCCUGAAAUUACUCCUGGGAUGUCCCCUCAGAAAAAGCAUGGACAGUCAACUUCUCCCACUACCUCUGAGCAGCUUGCCUGUAAAGCACCUGCUUUCUCCUUUGUUUCUUCAACUAAUCUGAAAACACCACCUGACCCAGUUAACCUCGACGGAGCCUCUGUCCUAGAGGAGUUCCACACUAGGAGGCUGGAUGUCAGUGGGGCCCUGGUAGAAGAAACAGCUACGUAUUUUCAAACUUCUGCUCACUCUUCACCUUAUUUUGCAUUGAAGGGCACCUCCACAUCGUCACCGUUUCCCCACUCUACACAGUUAUCAGGCUCUAAUUUACCCAGUUCAAAUACAGCAGAUCAAAAUCCUGGAUUGAAGUCUGAAGUUCUGAAGAAAUCAACAGAUUUAACUUCACAUCUCCUUAGCUCCAGAGAGAGUCCUAGAACCUCUUCUUCUCCUUCACCAUCCAGUGCUUCUCUCAAGUCCAAUUCAGCCUUGUACAUACCAGUUCGUAUUGUCAUGCAUUCACUUUCUCCAAGUCCAAAGCCAUUUCCCUCCUCUUUCCAUGGCUCUUCUUCCACUAUCUGUAGCCAAAUGUCAUCUACUGGAAGUCUCUCAAAGUCUGGGGUGAAAUCCCAGGUGCCCUCCCGUCUUUCCCUUCUCACUGCCAUCCUCAAGUCCAACCCUUCUCACCAAAGGCCCUUUUCUCCUGCAUCCUGUCCCACAUUCUCUCUCAACUCCCUGGCUUCUUCCACACUCACACUUGAUCAAAAAACAAAGCAAACCCUCCACACACCCAAAAAAUCCCUCUCAAGUUGUUCCCUGAGAGCCAGAUCUCCAGAGCAAGAAGAAAAUCAGUUUUCUGAACAUAGCCAACAACCCUUUCACUUACCCCUUUUCACCAAAUCUGCUCCCUUUUCUCAGGUACUUGAAUAUACUACCACGAAACAAGCCACUGACAGCCCUAUUACUUCAAAUGUAGAGAAAAUUCUGUCAUCCACUCCUCUGAAGAGCAGUCCAACACUACCCCUGCCUCAAACAGAUCCAUCGAGUCCUGCAGGUCUUGCCCCUAUUGCACCAAGCUUUUCUUCUCUUUCUUCAAAGGGAAAACAAGAUGCUGAACUCCCAGGUCCAGGAAAAAGCAAGAAUGCUUCCAUGCAUCCUUCUACAUCAGCCUCUGAAUUACCUUCUGUACCUCCUCCCACUAACCAAGGAGCCAUGAAUUCCUCUCCAGAAAAAAGUUACCAUCCUUCCCCAAUUCUUUCAAAUCUCAUAAACAGAUCCAAGAGAACAUCACCGCCGCUAUUUGGCCAGAGACAGACUCCUUCAAUUCUUCCUUCACCCCCUGUCGCCAGUGCUAGUUUUGCUUCACUUCACAACUUGGGGUCUUCUCUCUCUUGUGCUAAUCAACCUAUCCAGGUGCCGCAGCUCAAUCCCUCAGCACUGUACCCAAAUUGUGGCAAUGGUAGUUUUCCUUCAAGACCUGAGGAAUCUGAAAGCUCAGUAGCUAACCACAGGUCAACCAUUACAACCCCAUCACCUCCCAUCUCUCUCUCAAGAUCCAAGGAGCUGAUUUCACCUUAUACAUUGUCCCUGUCAACAGACCCUGAAAAUAAGAAACCUAAGCAAUACAAGACCACGUCAAGCUACAAGGCUUUUGCAGCAAUCCCCACAAACAUAUUUCUUUUGGAGCAGAAGGCACUGGAUGAACCAGUUAAGACUGAAAGUGGCUCCCAAGACAAGGCACUAGACCCACCUCUUGAGCAUUCUCCUUCAAGAUCCCUACAGACAUUGUUAAGUUCUGACACAACCAAAAUGCCUACAACUCUUCCAAGAGCAGCUGGUAGAGAAACUAAAUAUGCAAACCUUUCUUCAGUAUCCUCUACAGUAUCUGAGACUCAACUGACUAAGCCUGGAGUAAUUCGGCCAGUACCUGUAAAAUCCAAAAUAGUCUUGAAAAAAGAGGAAGAAAUCUAUGAGCCCAACCCUUUCAGUAAAUAUUUGGAAGAUAGCAGUGACUUCAUUUCUGAGCAGGAGGUGACAGUUUCUCACAAGCCUGUUUCUCUCCAUCCUUUAUAUCAGACUAGACUCUAUCCUCCUGCUAAGUCCCUGCUGCUUCCUCAGACCCUAUCCCAGGCUGACUGUCUUACCCCAGGACCCUUCAGUCACUUGUCCUCCUUCUCCCUGAGUGAUGAGCAGGAGAGUUCUCAUACCCUGUUUAGUCACAACGCCUAUAAUAAGCUGAGUCAUCCAAUGUUGACUAUUCCUGAACAUGAAACUCUUGCUUCCAACGAGCAAUGAAGUUGGAGCAGAAACUGAAAACACAGGCUGUGCUGAAGAUUUUUGGUGUGCCAGUGCUAAUCAUUUGCUAGAUUUAAUUUUAACUUUGUUCAGUCUCAAAAUUCUCUUUAUGAACUGCACUUUAGCAGGAAGCUAAAAAAAAGUAUCCUACAAGCAUAUUACGUGGAAAUUCUCUGUUAACCCCCAGCCUAGGAAAGAUUUACCUAUAGCAUUUUGCACCACUGUUACUACCUUUAAUGCCUUCUAUUAAGCUGAAAGCAAUACUAAUGUGCCCCUAUAUUUAGCAGCCAAAUAAAGAAGAUUCAUG